AUGAGGAGUGCCAAGGUUACACCUUGGGCCUGGUUGCAUUCCCAAGCGUUGCGUCGGCCUCGUCAGUCGUUGCCAGUCUUUGGAUUUAGCAAUAAUGAGUCAGAGACAAGUAGGAUCAAUCCUUUGACCAAUGUUCUGCCGAACGGUUGCGUUCUGCCCCAAUACUCUGUCGGCACACAUUAUCUCGCCUCCGAGCAGAGCGCCCAAGCUCUGAUUCUCAAGCUUGCUGGUAUCAGACAUUGUCUCCACGGCCAAUCUCUGCAACUCAACUCAUGUACCCACAGCAAACUGUGA